CUUACCGCUGGAAUGAGGCGCCAUUUGGAGUUCACCCAAACUCAUUACUAGCUCUUAUACACACACACACGUUUGUGGUUCGGUGCCGAGGGAGUACAGUCUGUCCUUUUACGACUCGUCAUAAACCCUUGUUUGAGCCGAGGAUAUUUUUAAACGGAGGACACAUGCGGCGCUCGAGACGGAUGCGCUGUCCCGAUGGACGCAGGACGGAGGUGUGGAGCUGGGAGGAGGAGGAGGAAGAGUGGAGUGUGGAGACUCACAAGUGCUCAAGGAGGGACUCGUGUAGCAGUGAGAGGGACAGGAGACCAAGACGGUUCCACCACUACAGAACGUACGAGAGGUGCAACAAAAGCACUAGGGGGCUGGAGUACGCAGAGCACAGGGCGACAGAGCCCGGGCUGAAGGCGUGCGGCCAUGAGAAGACAGCGAGUGUCCGAGGCGUUCCUGAGAAGGAACAGGACAAGGAAAGGGACAGGCAUUGGCACCACUACAGCAAAAACUUGGCUCGAUACAGUAGCAGAGAACAACAACGCUCUAAGCACCGCAACAGCCGGUCACACUCGAGAAGUCAUCGCAGGAAAAGAACCAGGAGUUUUGAAGAUGAUGAGGAGGGUCACCUGAUCUAUCACAAUGGACAAGUGCUAAGAGCAAGAUAUGAGAUUGUAAGCACUCUAGGUGAAGGAGCUUUUGGAAAAGUAGUGGAGUGUCUCGACCACACCAAAGACGGUAUCAGGGUGGCCCUGAAGAUUAUCAAAAAUCAGGAGCGCUAUCGCGAGGCAGCUCUUAUCGAAGUGGACGUGCUGAAACAGAUGAAUAUGCUGGACACUGAAAAUCAGUUUGCCUGUGUGCGGAUGCUGGACUGGUUUGAUCACUACGGUCACAUCUGCAUCGUGUUUGAGUUGUUGGGGCUGAGCACAUACGACUUCCUGAAGGAGAAUGACUACAUGCCCUUUACAGUUGACCAGAUCAGACACAUGGCAGAUCAGAUCAUCAGAGCCGUCCACUUUCUUCAUCAGAACAAGUUAACACACACUGACCUGAAACCUGAAAACAUUCUCUUUGUCAAUUCAGACUGUGACAUCGAAUACAAUGCCAAGUUGAAACGGGAUGAGAGGACGCUGAAGAACCUCAGCGUGAAGGUUGUAGACUUUGGCAAUGCUACGUAUGACCAUGAGCACCAUACCUCAGUGGUGUCCACACGUCACUACAGAGCGCCCGAGGUUGUUUUGGGUAAGAAACUCCUCCUUAUAGAGAGCAGUACGAAUGUGGAAUCGGACUUUUCUGUUUACACACAAUUCUCUUCAUUCUCAGAGCUGGGCUGGAAUCAGGCAUGUGAUGUUUGGAGUUUGGGCUGCAUUCUGAUUGAGUAUUAUCUGGGAUUAACACUGUUUCAGACUCAUGACAGCAAGGAGCAUCUAGCCAUGAUGGAAAGGGUUCUAGGACCAAUACCGGCACACAUGCUCCAACAAACGAGGAAACGGCACUAUGUUCAUCAUGGCAAGCUGGACUGGGAUGAGUACAGCUCAUCAGGAAGAUACGUGAGGAAGCACUGCAAGCCUCUCAAGCACUACAUGUCCUCCAAGAGCUUGGCUCACGAGCAGCUGUUUGAUCUGCUCCAGAAGAUGAUGGAGUACGACGUGUCCAAGCGUAUCACCCUCGAGGAGGCCAUCAAACACCCGUUUUUCACCCCACUUAGGAAAAAGUGUGAAAAGUGAACCUCUGUUAACCAGAUUCACCCUUUUUACACCUCCCACGGAGACUCCCGCUGACUGUAUCAGUCUGCUUUACCAGAGCAAUACGUUUAAGAGAGCGCUUUAAGUGUUAAAAGGAAUGCAGCUACAAGUACAUCUGUGCUUCGUUACAGCUGUGUAAAGAUGACUGGUGCAUAAGAAUGGUGCAUAUUUCUCAUUCAAAGUUACCCGCUUGCUUAAUGUACAUAUUUAUUUUGUGAUCUCACGUGUAAAAUGUGUUCCACUGGAUUUUUGUGUUAAUUAAACUUUACUACAUUUUCAGAUAA